AUGGAUGAGUUCAGUUCGCGCCAACGGCUCGAAGUUGAGACCGUAAGAGCUGAUAGCAAGAAGAAACUAGAUACCAUAGUUGCGCAGCAUGAAGACCAGCUCUGCGAAUUGAAACGGCGAUUCGAACGUGAAUUGGACGACGAAAAGGCCUCGCGACUUCGUGAGAUCAAUCAACUUACAUCGCAGACCGCCUUGGAUACACAACGUUCCCAGAUUGAGCUAGACAGGAAAGAUCGGGAAAUCGCCUCGCUCCAGAACGACGUGCAAGCCCUACAACAAGAAAUUGAGCGAGAGCGCAAGAGCACCCAAGGUCUCCGGCAGAACCUGGACACAGCCAGUAGCAAUAGCGUGACGCUAGAGUCGUCGAUUCGUGCGCUCAAGGCUCGAAUUGAAUUCCUGGAGUCCGGCCGUGAGGAGCAAUCUCAAGCAUUUGAGCGGUUGAAUCAACAGAUGAUGGAUGCCCUGGCCGAGACCAACGCCACCAAGGACAAGUUGCGGAAAGAGGAGACCCUCCGAAGAAAACUACACAACCAGGUUCAGGAGCUCAAGGGCAACAUCCGGGUUUUUUGCCGUGUUCGACCGUCUUUAGAGACUGAGCCGCAGACGGGCAUCGCUCAGAUUCAAUACCCCGAUGCAUCUGAAGAGUGCAAGGAGAUCAAUGUUUUGGGACUGGAAGAGAAGAGCAGCCUGGGCGCCGUUACCAAGAAGAACAACAACUUCGCCUUUGAUCGGGUAUUCGGGCCGUCAACCCAGAAUGCGGAGGUAUUCGAUGAGAUCAGUCAGCUUGUCCAAAGUGCGCUCGAUGGCUACAACGUGUGCAUUUUCUGCUAUGGACAGACCGGUAGCGGUAAGACCUACACUAUGUCUUCGUUGGAUGGCAUGAUUCCACGGGCUGUACACCAAAUCUACGAGACUGCCACUAGCCUCAAAGAAAAGGGUUGGAGGUAUACUAUGGAAGGAAACUUCGUGGAGGUGUACAAUGAAAAUCUGAACGAUCUUUUGGGCAAGGCGGAAGAGCUGGACAAGAAGAAGCACGAAAUCCGGCACGACAUGCAACGCGGCAAGACGAUCAUUACAGAUGUUACCACUGUGCGCUUGGAUUCGCCCGAGAUGGUCGAAAAUAUCCUUAAACGUGCCGCAGCCAAUCGUUCGGUGGCUGCUACAAAGGCCAACGAGAGAUCAUCGCGGUCUCACUCCGUCUUCAUCCUGAAGCUCAUCGGCGAGAAUGACAUUACCGGCGAGCGCAGUGAGGGAACGCUCAAUCUGGUGGACUUGGCCGGUAGUGAGCGACUGAGCCACAGCGGUGCAACCGGUGAGCGACUGCGGGAGACGCAGAAUAUCAACCGUAGUCUGAGCUGCUUGGGCGAUGUGAUUGCCGCAUUAGGUCAAGGCAAGGACGGCGGGCACAUUCCCUAUCGCAAUAGCAAGCUUACCUACCUCCUCCAAUUCUCCCUGGGAGGAAACUCGAAGACGCUCAUGUUUGUCAUGGUGAGUCCACUGCAGGCACAUCUGGCCGAGACCUUGACCAGUCUCAAGUUCGCCACAAAGGUGCACAAUACCCACAUUGGGACAGCUAAGCGACAGGCGCGUGUUCGUGAUUGUUAA